UUGUUCAAUGAUUAUUUAAGUACCUGAUGAUUAUCAUUACAGAAACGGAAACUUUUCAAUGUUUACUUUUACGUAUAUGAUUAUUUUGUCUUGCUACAAUUGACAUUGCCGCUAAUUAUAAUUUUUUACGGACAAUCUAUAAAUUAAUUUAGCAAAGUAUUUGCGUGUGUAAUUAAAUAAAGACUUAAUAUUUAUAAUCUCGAGUGAUGGGACUUGUCAAAAUUAAUACCGAGGAAGGAAGUGAUAAGAGUUUUAAAUACUCUACUACUCUCUUCACUUCCUCAGUUAGUUUUAAUAUCGACCCGCGAUCAUCACUUUAAAUAAAUGUCAAUAAAAAUUUUUUAAUUUGAAAAUUAAAGGAAGAAAUGUAAUAUGACACGCGACUCCAGUUGCUAGUUUGAUUUAUUAGUGAUUAAUUUAAAAGUAAAAGGUAUUAACUGACAAUUACAGUGAGAGUUUAUGUAUUAUAUCUUUAUUAGACUGUCACAAAUAACUUGUGUCAAAUUGAAUUAUUAUUUUGAUUACGACAUUGGGAACUUCUUAUCAAUUUUAACAUUUCACUAGCUGCCUUUUUGUAGUCAAUCUAUUUUGAUGUUACACCUCGAGGGAUGUGUCAGAGUCAUUGAAACUGUCGACCGAGUACCACAUUGUCAUUUCUUUUGAUUUUUUAUUACCCAUUUUAUGGAGUAAAAGUUUUUGGUAAUAAAAAAUUUUUUUAAGUUUUAUAUUUUUCUGAACAACUCCGAAGAUGAUUAGAGGCAAAGAAUUGUUAUCAUGCCGACAAACGCUUUGGAUCCUCGUUUUCACAGGAUGCGUAAUAAAUUACAUGUUAAAAUUUAGUUUAAAUUUAGCAAUAGUUGCUAUGGUGGUACCGAGAGCCAAAACCCCAAUUACUUCACAAUGCGGUUCCAAUGAAAACGUAUCAAAUUCAACGAUCGCUUCCAAUGUCACCACAGUUCUGCCUAUUCUCAGUCAAAAUAUAUCGUAUGCAGAUAGAUUCAAUUGGACAGAAUAUGAACAAGGAUUAGCCCUGGGAGCAUUUUUUUGGACAUACUGGGCAACUCAUGUAGUUGGAGGGCUUUUGGCCCAACAGUACGGGACUAAAUUGAUCUUCGGCGGCGCAAAUUUCAUCGCUUGUAUAAUUGUACUUCUCAUUCCAGUCACAAUAAAGUAUCAUCUAUAUGCGUUCCUUGUCCUGCGAGUUUGCCAAGGCGCAGUUAUGGGAGUAGUUUUACCGUCGAUGAAUAUGAUGACAGCAAAAUGGAUCCCUCCGACCGAACGUAGUAAAUUCGUAAGCGCUUACAUGGGCGGAUCUGUUGGUACAUCGGUUACAUAUUUACUGUGCGCAUUUAUAAUCCAUUAUUUCAAUUGGGAAACAGCAUUCUAUACAAUGUCCGUCGCGGGAAUAACCUGGUACUGUUUUUGGCUUUACUUUGCCUACGACUCACCUCAACAGCAUCCGAGAAUAAGUAAAGCCGAGCUGAAUUACAUUUUGGAAAACACGCCGCCUUUUAUUAAAAACAGCAAAGACACACCUAUUCCCUGGAAAGCUAUUUUGACCUCAGGGCCAUUUUGGACCACUGUUUUCUCGCACUGGGGAAUUACGUGGGGAUUCUAUACUCUCUUGACUCAAAGCCCAAGUUACUUUAGCUUCAUACAUGGAUGGGAUAUUAAUAUGACUGGAUUAAUAACUGGGGCACCGCAUAUUCCUCUGAUGAUAUUCUCAUAUACAUUUGGUAUUUUUUGUGACUGGUUAUUGAAACAUAAUAAAAUGAGUCGCACAGGAGUCAGAAAACUUGCAAUGUUCAUCGUAACAUUCGUUCAAGCUUUUUUCAUCAUCGGGUUAAGUCUCAGUGGCUGUCAUUCCAAUUUCGCUGUAGUCUUUAUGCUCGGCGGUACUGUAGCCAACGGCGCUAUUUCUUCAGCAACACUUGCUAAUUUUGUCGACCUGAGUCCUAAUUACAGUAGUAUAUUAUUUGGAAUUUGUGGUCUUAUUGCUAAUGGUGCCGGUGCUUUGUCGCCUUUCAUCGUCGGAAUACUUACUAAUGGGAAUCAAACGAUAGGACAAUGGCGCAUAGUAUUUUUGAUAACUGCUGGUAAUUUAAUAUGCGGCGGAAUUCUUUAUUUAUUGUGGGGAACUGGUGAAGAACAGCCUUGGAAUAAUUUGUAUAACAAUGAUAAUGAACAGGGUGAAGAAUUACAAAAACUUAAGCAUGAACAUACAGAGAUUAUUGAAAAAUGCGCAGCGAUAGAUGAAAAAAAAUUGGAGAAAGAAAAAGAAGGAGACCGCAGAUAUUUAAUAAGCUGUCGAGAUGUUUUAUGGUGGAUGGUUUUUUCUGGUCUGAGCGUUAACUUUAUGCUAAGAGUUAAUUUGAAUCUUGUUCUUGUUGCUACUGCUAAGCAAACUGAAAUUUUACCGUCUGUAUAUCAAUGCGGACAAGAAAUAAAUAAUAUAAGUAUAAGUAAUGUGCAACAGAAUAUUAUUAAUAAUAAUAAUUUUUCACUGACUAAUGAUACAAGUGAUGAAGAAAUUGGAAAAAAUAAAUAUCAGUACUCGGAGUACGAACAAGGUCUGGCAAUUGGUGCUUAUUACUGGAUUCACUGGAUGAGUGAAAUACCAGGUGGCAUUUUGGCGCGAAAAUAUGGAACCAAAAUGGUUUUCGGUGUUGGAAAUUUACUAGCCGCCAUAUUGGGAUUUUUUUUAUCACUUACUAUGAAUUACAGUCUCUACAGUCUUAUAUUUGUGCGCGUACUUCAAGGAUUAGUUGCUGGCGUCGCUUAUCCUGCAACUCACGACUUGACAGCCAAAUGGAUCCCGCAAAAUGAAAGAAGCAAAUUUGUGAGCGCAUAUAUGGGGGGAAGUGUUGGAAUCGCUCUGACAUAUCCACUGAGUGGUUUUAUAAUUGAUUACCUCGGCUGGAAGUUCGUAUUUUAUAUAACUUCACUUUUUGGCAUCAUCUGGUGUUUCUUAUGGAUAAGUUUGGUCUACGACACACCGCAACAGCACCCACGCAUAUCAGAAAGCGAAAAAAAAUAUAUCCUAGAUAAUUUAGGCGCAUCAGUAGACCAUUCAAAUCGUAAUUUAUCAAUACCAUGGAGUAAAAUAUUAACAUCAUGGCCAGUAUGGACAUCGAUUCUCUCAAACUGGGGUACAGUUUGGGGAUACUUUACUCUAAUGGUCCAAGCACCGGCUUAUUUCAAAUUCAUACAUGGCUGGAGUGUUGAAAAAGCAGGAAUUUUUUCCGGUCUUCCUCACUUCCUGACGAUGAUCUUCAGCUGGAUAUUCGCUUACAUAAGUGACUGGUUACUGCAAACUGAAAGAUUGACUCUGACUAACGUGAGAAAACUCGCAACUUUUGUCUGCUCCGGAAUUCCUAGUGUCCUAGUACUCGGACUAGCAUUCAGUGGUUGCUAUCCCGUGCUUGCGGUAAUUUUGAUAAUGGGUGGAAUAGCGUCAGCUGGCGCCGUCAGUUCUGGACCCCUAUCUAAUCUCGUUGACCUCAGCCCAAAUUAUGCGAGUAUACUCCUCGGUAUCUGUGGCCUUGUGAUUGACGUUGCUGGAUUUGUCUCUCCAUUAAUCGUAGGAUCUUUAACAAACGACAACCAAACUAUUGACCAAUGGCAGCUAAUUUUCAUCAUUGCAUUUUUGAACAUGGCAACCUGUUGCCUUAUUUACUGUAUCUGGGGCACCGCCGAUGAGCAAUCAUGGAACCAGUAUCGCACGGUCAAUAAAGACGAAGAUAAUUAUAAAAUAACAAUUGAACUUAAAACACAAUUAAAUAAUCAAUGAGACUUAUAAUUAAUAUAAAU